AAGCCGUAGGGUAGUCAAACCUUCGUCCACAGUGUAAAGCGAGGAGAGAGGGUGUGGCGAGUUCAGCCGGUCAUCGACCACAGCUACCUCAGUACCUUCGAGGGCGAUAUCUAACCCCCCGUGAUGAAGGGAAUAUGUCACCCACCCCUCUCCUACCUAAACUAACCUAUCCUUCUUCAUUGGCCACGAACCUCGAAUCUACCGCGCCUCGUCUCAGUUGCGCAGCCGGCUACACGCUCUAGAUAGCAUCACCCCGGCAUCACGGUACCGUCAUAUCCACCUCAUAGUCUCUUCUUCCGAAAUCCAACCCGCCCGGCUCGUUCCUUACCAUGUCGAAGAGGUUCCGCGAGAUCCUGCCGGCAUCGAGCGUUCUCUCGACUUCUGAAAAGUCACCAUCAGCGUUCAGGCCCUCCUCCUUGACAGGUGAAUCCGGGAAGAGAAAGCGGAUAACCACUCACCUCGCGUGCAACGCCUGUCGAGGCAGGAAAACGCGGUGCGAUGGCAAUCGGCCGAUCUGCGGCGCUUGUCAAAAGCGUUCGACAGAAUGCCUCUACGUCGACAAACACGACAAAGAGCUGACGGCCGAUGCCAUGGCUGAAACCCUCGAACUGGUUGAGCUUCUAAAGACACUUCCCGAGGCCCAAGCUGUUGGCGUACUGCGAUUGCUCCGUCUCCGCAGUAACCCGUCAAGCGUUCUCUCCGAUGUCCCAUGGCGGCGAGAUGGCACCUUCGACAAAUCGCUCCAAAGCGUAGCUUCCCCCGCGCAGUGGACCAUGGAGUACGAACUGAUGUCACGGAAUCCCGUGUCUUACCCGGCGUUGAAGCCCCGGGCUGCAUCUUCAUUAGAAGAGAUCGGUUUGGAUCGGUUGUGCCCGUUGCGUCGCACGUCGUCCUCCACCGCAGGGUAUGGGUAUGAGGAACGCAACUCAACGUCCGACUUGGUUCCCCCUGCGAGUGGCUCCGAUCAAGCACCGCCAACAUACUGCGACGAACGCCUACGGGACCUCGAUGUCGCAUUCUGGACAGACGUGCCCAUCGACCCUCACUUGGCCGCUCGUAUCAUUUCCCUUUAUCUGGAGACUGACCAUCCUUUGAUCGGGACCUUCGACCCUUCCAUGUUUGUAGCGGACUUAAUCAAUCGCCAGUCGACCUUCUGCUCGUCCUUUCUCGUAAAUGCCAUCAUGUCCUGGGGAAGUCAAAUGUAUUCCUCAAUUGAUUCUUCUGCGAGCCAGUACGUGGACUUGUUCUGCGACGAAACAGAAAGGCUUUGGAAGGCGAAGAGUUCGUCCGACGACCUCCCCACGCUUGCCGGCGCUCAGCUUUUGGGUCUGGCCUAUCAGGCCAGUGGCAGAAACCACCUGGUCUUGGGGUGCUUUGCAUCCGCCUAUCGCAUGGGUGUUCGGAUGUGCCUGUUUGGCGUCGAGCCAGAAGCCGCUACGAAGUCGAUGGAAGAAAUGCCAGAGCAUCUCCGGCGCCCUGCCUCGUACGCGGCCUGGGGCAUCUUCAACUGGAUCGUUCUCACAGCCCUGUUUUAUCAGCAGCCGGGUCUCGUAUAUCCAGAGUAUCCACCCGUGCUCCCAAUACCGGGCGCGCGCGACGAGGCCACGGCCUUCUCUCAAGAAAUGUGGGUGGAAGAGGACCGCGCGUCGAAUCAUGCGUCAGACCAUACUUCCAACCAUAUUUCCAACCGCGGUGCCUUGGACUAUGCCGCAGACCAGACCACGAGUACGGACCCAACACUUCCGGGGUACAUGGGCGAAACGUUCCCCGCAUUGUGCAGGUUCUGGCGCAUCAUGCAUGCCCUCACUGUGCAGUACUACAGGUACCAGACGAGACCUCCCAGCUGUCCGAGUAGCCGCGUUGGCUUAGAGUUCGCAGAAUACAAGUACCGCGAGCUCAUCGCCUGGGCAGAGACCCUGCCAGAGUCGCUAGUUCAGUCUGACACCAGCCCCCACCAUGUGAUGGUUUUCCACAUCUGGUUCCAUGCCGCCAUACUGGACAUUUUCCGGCCCUUCCUCCAACGUCCAGGGGGGCAAGGGGCUCGUCUUAAGACGUUCUCUUCCCGCGAUAGUUCUCCAGACGCUACGUUUGCGGCGUCAGUGAACCAACUCAAAAGGCUCAUUCUCGUCUACCGGUUGAGAUAUGCUUCCUCGGCGUACAGCAUCCUCUGGCACACGGGGUUAACGUACCUGGCCAACGCGGUGCUCCACGACACGGAGGAUUCAGAAUGGUACUUUUACUUCCUCGUUUGCGUGUACGGGUACCAGACGCUCCGACGUUCGUACCGCCUGGCAGAAGCAGUCGGCCGUGGGCUCCUGUCCAUGGCGCUCCGUGACGGGAACAUUUCGGCCGGUGAGGCCCGCAGGAUCCUGCAGGAUCUCAAGAACGGGGGGCUGAGCGAGGCACCGGACGACAUGAGGGCCACAUUCAUGAUUGAUCUCGAAUUGGCUAGCACGAACCCGGAUGAAGCUAAAGUGGAGGCACUGGCGACGCAGUUCGACGACCUGGCUUUGUUUCAGGACUUUACCAACAAUGCAGGGGAGCCUUUCUGCUAUGUUUACCUCACCGAGUUUACCGAGAAGCGAUUACAUCACCCGAAUGCUGGGAAGUGCUCCUCACAUCAUUCAACCCAGCGUGAAGAUGUGGGCAAGGUCGAUAAUCUCAUCCCCAUCGAAAAGGCCGUCGCGUCAGCUCCCGUAGUGCUAUUCAUGAAGGGCACGCCCGAGACGCCACAGUGCGGGUUCUCCCGCGCCAGCAUCCAGGUCCUGGGCCUGCAGGGUGUGGACCCGGCCAAGUUUGCGGCGUUCAACGUGUUGGAGGACCCCGAGUUGCGAUCUGGAGGGGGAAGGAUGGAUAGAAAAGUGAUCUUCGGUUCCGUGCUGACAACGUCGGCGAAACUCGUCACGAUAGGCAUCAAGGAGUUCUCGGAUUGGCCGACCAUCCCGCAACUAUAUGUCGACAAGGAGUUCGUAGGCGGGUGCGACAUUCUCGUCUCGAUGCACCAGAAUGGAGAACUGGCCAAGUUGUUGGAGGAAAAGAAAGUUCUCGCCGAGGGCGACGGUGGCAAGCAGGAGUAG